AUGGAUAGACUCACGUCCGCAAACUUGGGCAAGAACUUCGCGACCCAAGCCGUGGAUGUGCUGUCGCGCUUCGACCCAAAUGUAGUGGUGGAUGUUUACAACUCCAGGCGGGCCGUCGUGGGCCUGAUGUUCAUGGUCUCCGAGUCCGCAAGGAUGAAUCCUGUGCGCGACGCCAUUGCAUGUGGCUGGGACACCGGGACAGGAUUCACCAACCAAUUGAUGACAGAUUACGUGUGGAAAUAUGUAGAGAUGUCAAGGCGUCUGAGGCAUUGGAAGAGAGGAAACUAUGCGGAACGGCGCCCCGACUCGGAGCUAGGUGACAUCUACCUUGUGCUCAACGUACAUGCAGAACUGGUGUAUACCAUCGGAGAUGAAAUUUCAUUCAUUUCAUUCAUGACGGAUCUACGUCGCAAACUCGCCGAGCAUCCAGACAGUGAGGAUAUCUUGGGCGGCCACAAAGACCCAAAUCUCUCCGAAACCGGAGAUCAUCCAGUGCUGGCCAAGCAGCGUGCUGAUGAACAACCGGCGAGGUGGAUUCACGUCACGCUGCAAGCAGUGAAGGGACAGGAAACGUCCUGGACAACCCUAUUCAUGAGGGAUGACAACUUGUACGUCCUUGGUUUCAUGAACCAGCAAGGAGAUUCGUUCCAGCUGGUCGACGACAACCGGAAUGCAUCCACCAAUAUGGUACUCCCAAUUACUAAUGGACGCGAUCCCAAACACCUAGAAUGGGGCAUCAGUUACAGAUCUAUGUUGGGAGCCAAAAGUAAUGAUCAUGCCGUGCACAAACUGGAGGAGGCUCAUUUGGGCCGUGAUUUUGCGAAGAACGCCGUGCGCGUGCUGUCGAGCUACCCAAAUCUGGUGGCUGGUCCAUCUGAGGCCCAGGGUGGCACUGGCGGGCCCAGGGUGGCACUGGCGGGCCUGAUCGUCAUGGUCUGCGAGUCCGCAAGGAUGAAUCCUCCCCACGACUCCUUUUCACGUGGGUGGAGCACCGGCACGGGAUUCGCCAAGCAAUUGAUGAUUGAGAACUUCUGGGAACAUGGGAAAAUGUCAAGCAAGCUAAUGGCAUGGAAGACCCGAGGGUACGCCAGCAAUGUGCGCACACCGAAUUGGCAACCGCACCCCAUUAUGGAGCUACAAACGGUUCGCCUCGUGCUCCGCACCCAUACACCUGAUCAGUCUAAACAGGAAGAAAACAAGAAGAGCCAACACAGCAAGCCCGACAACGCUGGCAAUGAUGGUGAUUAUUAUUCUAAUAAGCCCGGCAACAACGGCGGAGGUGGCGGCCCUCCUAGGCAAAGCAGAGGGGGCCACAACGCCGGCGGAGGUGAUGACACCGGCAGCAGUGGUGGUGGCUAUGCUAGCCAACCUAGAGAGGCCGGUGGUGCCGGUAGCAGUGGUGGCUCUGCUAGCCAACCUGCUGGGGAGGCUGGUGACACUAGCCCUAGCCGAGGCAACAGCGGUAGCCAACCCGGGGAGCUUGACGUACGAAACCAGGGCAACGGUCGACCCCGGGUGGAGCUGUUGGCCAUACGUGCUGAUCUUCAUGUCAAAGGCACAGAAAUCGUCGUCUUUGACGGCAGACGAGGCCAGAUCAUCUAUAGGAAGGAGGAAGGAGAAGAGGAGACAGAACAGGGAAUGGUCGAGUUGGUUCUGACUGGACCCUACAAAGGCAUCUCAGCUUACGGGUGCUUCGCCAUUAAAAUUAACAUCCCACCUACCACUGCCAGCAGCAGCAGUGGCGAUGCCGGUGGUCUCAUCCAAUGGGAAUGGGACUGUUAUGACCCCAAGUACGCCGCCCAAGUCGACCAACUACCUGUGAGCCAUACCAUCUGCGCUCCGGACAUGCGCCCCGAGGUAGCUGAGGUCACCUACGUUGUGAUGUCAGAUGCCCUGGAGGCCACAGUGCAGGUCAGGCUGCGACUCAAAGAUGGGCAUAACACUGCUGGCAUUGGUGGUGAGAUCACUGCACGUAUCGACGGCUUUGAAGACAAAUACAGGAGCGUCCUCUUCAGGUGUGCAAAGGGGACGCGUCAGUGUUUCUCCCCUACCGAUGACGACUCGUGGUUCCUUCUUGAGCUGGCGAGGAAUGUGAUUGCAGUGCCAUGCGGCAGUGCGCUUCAAAUAGAGGUGAACCUCCAGAUUGAAACUGGCGAUGGCAAGAAAGUUGAAUUGAAUAAUGUUCCUCUCCGCUUCGCCAAUGGAAUUAGUUCCAGUAAAACUGACGACGGCAAUGAAGUGGAAGUGGAAGUCACCUGGUACCCGGAGAUCGCACGACCAAUAAGUCACCCUCCGGAGCAAAUAAUAACCAGCAAAGAGGUUCAUCUGGAGAAAUCUAUUACUGCUCCGUCGUCGUUAGAACAAAUCAUCAGUGGCACACUGGAGGCCAAAAUGGUUUCAGGGCAUCGAACUGUCGAGUACACCAUCGGAGAUGAACUGUCGUUCACUGAAUUUAUAAUGGCUCUCCGUGGCAUCCUCGCUGACCAUCCAGACCGCGAGGAUAUCUUUGAUCGCCACCACAGUUCAAUUCUCUCCUCCACCAGAGAACACCCAGUGCUCGCCAAGCAACGUGCUGAACAGCCGGCGAGGUGGAUUCACGUCAAGCUGCAAGCAGUGAAGGGAGAGCAAACGAUGUCGACAACCCUAAUCAUGCGGGACGACAACUUGUAUGUCUGUGGCUUCAUGAACCAGCAAGGAGAUUCAUUUGAGCUCAUCGAGAACCCGGAUAGAUCUGCCCAUAUACUCCCAGUUGAUGAAUACAAUCCCCAACGCCUAAGCUGGGGUGUUGGUUACAGAUCCUUACUGGACUUGGACACUAAAGGUGGUCUUGGGAGAAUACUGGCGCACGUGAAUCCGGGCCAGGACUUCGCCAAGGAUGUCGUGCACGUGCUGUCGUGCUUCCCAGCUUGGGUGGACGAUCGUAUUUCACCCAGGUUGGCACUAGCGGGGCUAAUCCUCAUCGUCUGCGAGUCUGCAAGGAUGAAUCCAAUCUACAACUUCUUUACAAGCUCGUGGAGUAUAAGCACGGAAGAUUACACGUUAUUUUCCGACAGGCAAUUAACCCAGGAUUACGUGUUGAAUAAAUAUGGGAGGAUGUCACACCAGCUGCUGGCAUGGAAGAGUAGAAGAUAUGCCAACCCGCACCCCAUUUCACCGCUACGAGACAUUUACCUCGUGCUCAACUACCGUUUGGAUCCACCUCAUCAGGCCGGUGGCGCCGAGAGCAGCAGCAGCUUCAUGGACCUUUCUUGGUCGCGACAUUGGAAGGCUGACGGCGCCAAGGACCGACCUCGGGUGGAGCUGUUGGCCAUGCAUGCGGACCUUGGGGUCCUUGGCACAACCGUAAUAGUCUUCGACGGGAAACGAGGCCAUAUCAUCUAUAGGAAGCAGGAACAAGAAGAAAAGGGAACAAUGGCUGAUUUGGUGCUCACGGGACCCUGCACAAGCAUCUUGGCAUACGGGUGCUUUGCCAUCAAAAUUGGCAUUCCAGGACCCUACACAAGCACUGGCGAUGGCGGCGGCGGCGGCGGUUCCAUCAAAUGGGAAUGGGACUGCUAUGACCCAGAGUAUGCCACGGAAGUUGACAAAGGACCCAUGACUCGGACCAUAAGCUCUUCAGGCCCCGGCCGCAACGUUGAGAUCACCUAUGCGGUGAUGUCCAACGCCCUGGAGGCCACAGUGCAGGUGAAGCUGCGGAUGAAAGAUGGAAACAGCCCUUGUAGCGUCUACGGUGUUAUUACCGCUAGCAUUGGUGAUUUCAAAGGCCAGAGCAUCCUCUUCAGGCGUACAAAGGAGACGGCACAGCAUCUCUCUCCAAUGACGGACUCGCCGCAGGGCGUCCUGUAUCAGCUGGUGCGGUCCCUUGAGCUGGCCAGGAACGUGGUUGCGGUGCCAUGUGGUCAACAGCUUCACAUAGGGGUGGACCUGAGCAUUGAAACUUCCAAGAACCAAGGGGCUAGUAUUAAUCCGCGUUUCAAUAAUAUUAUUCUCACCUUCGACAACCGCAGUAGCUGGUCGAGUCAACGUCUUGAAGAGGACGGGUAUGAAGUUGAAGUGAACGUCGCCUUGUACCCUUGUGAUCGAUAUGACCCGGGACCAUGGAAGAUGGAUAGGAUGUGGCAACCUGACAUAUCCUACAUGGUUGGGAAUGAUGCAGAAGGAUUCAGUACAUUCAUCAUUGAGCUGCGUAGAUUGGUGACCGACCACCCACGCUGCAGGGAUCUCGUGGCUGAUCAUCCAGAUCUCUCAUCCACAAGUAACAACAAAGUGCUCCAAUACUCUCACCGCAUCCAACCAGAAAGUUUGUUUCACAUCAAGCUGGAAGCGGAAGCGGAGGAGGGCGUGGAAGAAACGUCAUCGAUAAUCUUAGUCAUGCAGUGUGACAACUUGGACGUAAUAGGCUUCAUCAACAUGCAGGAUCGUCGAGCCUGCUGCUACGAGCCUGGCCCUCGUCGGGAGCUCCCAGGAGAAUAUAGUUCAAAACUUCUACAGUGGUGGGUGCACCAAAGCGGCGACAGGGAGCAAAUACUGGGCAAGACCUUCAUGGCGGAAGCCGUGCGCGAGCUAUCGCGCUUCACAGGUAGAUAUAGUGAGGAAGCCGAGCGGUCACUGGUGGGCCUUGUGAUCAUGGUCUGCGAUUCAGCGAGGAUGGAACCUUUCCGCGAAGCCAUGGCAGGUGGCUGGAAGAACGGGACGGAACUCACCAAGCAACUUAGGGAUUACCGAUGGAAUUGGCCAGUAAUAUCAAAAGCACUGCUGGACUGGAGGGAUCACGCCUACCAAGGAUGGCCUCAAAACAGGACGCUAGAAUCGAACGGAAUCAUGAGCCCAGAAGAUGCACUAAAACUUGUCCCCCUCGUGCGCAAUCAUCCGGAUCUGAUAUGA